AUGGACUACACCAGCAAGUUGACAAAGAAUACGGGAACUUCGCUUAGCUCAACAUCUGAAUAUAGAAGAUUAAUUGGAAGAUUACUCUAUCUAACCAAUACAAGGCCAGAUAUAUGUUAUGCAGUUGAAAAAUUGAGUCAAUUUUUAGAGUGUGCUACUGACAAACACUUUGAGGCAGCUAUAAGGAUACUUAGAUAUCUUAAGAAUGAGCUAGUAUUGGGGCUGUUUUUUUCAUCUCAGACAGAUUUGGAGCCAAUCGAUUUUUCAGACAGCGACUGGGGUACCUGUUCGGACACAAGAAGAUCAGUAUCUGGUCAUUGCUUAUUCAUAGGUACAUCUAUUGUAUCCUGGAAAAGCAAAAAAUCAAGUACAGUAGCUGUAUCAUCAUGUGAAGCAGAAUACAGGGCACUUGCUAUGGCCACCAGGGAGGCACAAUGGAUUACUUACAUCUUAGAGGAUUUGCAAGUGAAAUUGCAGAAGCCAAUUGCUAUGUAUUGUGACAGCCAAUCAACCUUGCAUAUUGCGACAAACCCCAUCUUCCACGAGAGAACCAAACAUAUAGAGAUAGAUUGUCAUGUCGUAAGGGAUAAAUGGUAA